CUUGAUGAAGCGAGGAAGAAGAUAGUUUAUCUGUAAAUAAUGCUGUCUUUCUGUUCCUCUAACAAAACAGGCCAGUAUCAGCUCUACCUGUUCUGUUCCAUGUGCUAAGAUGGGUGACUGGGACAACAACAAUGAAUUCAUUCAGCGACUGGACUUUUCCAGUUGUGGUGAAGAGAGUGAAGAAAGAAGUAUAAAUGAGGAGGACUCCCUGAGCUUGAGCCCCCCAGGAAGCUCAGAGUUCCAGAAAUGGCAAGAGAGCAGUCCUCUGCCAGCAACCCCUCAGAGAAAGCUUAGUGAGAUUUUCCUGAGCAGAACAAAAGCUUGGAUGAGUCCCACCCUGAAGUCUUCCCCAUCUGUGAGCAAGAGCUGGAGUAAACCUGAGACACCACUGCACAUCACCUGGAAAAAGCUGCAGCUUUGUGACACCCCACACACUCCUAAGAGCUUGUUAUCAAAGACAGCUUUUCCUUCAUCUGCAACAAAGGUCCCAGCCAAAGGCCUCCGACAUCUGAGAUUCACUCCUCGUGCCGACUCUGAUGACUCUUCUCAAGCUUCUCUUGUCAACAUUAAUCCCUUUACACCAGAGUCCUAUCGACAAAUGCUCUUUCAGCCUAAUGGCAAACGGAAGGCUGGAGGAGAGCUGAAUGGUCCUCAUCCAGGAAGCCAGAUUAAACAGGAGCAACCUACAAAGAGAUAUACUCUGAAAGCGAGCAAUAUGGUUUCCCGCUACAAGAAGGAGUUCCUGGAGCUAGAAAAAAUUGGUGUGGGGGAAUUUGGCUCUGUCUACAAGUGCAUCAAGCGCCUUGAUGGAUGUGUUUAUGCCAUCAAACGCUCCAAAAGGCCUCUGGCAGGAUCCUCAGAUGAGCAGCUGGCACUGCGAGAGGUUUAUGCUCACGCUGUCCUGGGACACCACCCCCACGUUGUGCGCUACUACUCGGCCUGGGCAGAGGAUGAUCACAUGAUUAUCCAGAAUGAGCACUGCAAUGGUGGGAGUCUCCAGGAUGUGCUGCUGGAAAAUGCAAAGCUUGGGCAGUAUUUCACAGAAGGAGAGCUGAAGGAAAUAUUGCUGCAAGUCUCCAUGGGACUAAAAUACAUCCACAACUCUGGCCUUGUGCACCUGGAUAUCAAACCUAGUAAUAUCUUCAUCUGUCACAAGCUGGCAGUUUCAGGGCCUGCUGGGCAGGAGGAGAGUGACAGUGAAGAUGAAUUCUCUCCUGGUGUGGUGUAUAAGAUUGGUGACCUUGGACAUGUGACAUCAAUAACAAACCCUCAGGUGGAGGAAGGAGACAGACGCUUUUUGGCCAAUGAGAUUUUGCAAGAGCAAUACUGCUACUUGCCCAAGGCAGACAUCUUUGCCCUGGCACUCACGGUGGCUCUGGCAGCUGGGACAGCACCGCUGCCUCACAACGGGGCCCUGUGGCACCACAUCCGCCAAGGCAAUGUCCCACCCAUCCCCCAGAAGCUUCCCCACCGUUUUCUUGAGCUCCUUAAGCUCAUGAUCCAUCCUGAUCCAGCGCAAAGACCUUCUGCCACAGCUCUCACCAAACACCCUGUUCUCCGUCCUUCAUGUGGAAAAGCUGUCCAGCUCCAGGAGCAGCUAAAUAUGGAGAAAUGCAAGACUGCCAUGCUGGAAAGGGAACUUAAAGCAGCUCGCCUUGCCCAGACCCUCAUGAAGGACCAAGCCUUAGGAAGUGCCAAGUUACAAGAGUCUGAAACCUCUUCUAAGCAGAAGAGCAAGCGUCUGGUGGGAGGGAAGAGCUGUCGCUCGUUUAGCUUUACUCUGGGUUUCUGA